GUUCAUGAACGCGUCUCCUUUAAAAAAAAGUUGGACUGUCCCUUUAAUCUGCGGAUCAGAGCGCUGACGUCACCAACCCUUGAGCCGUCUGCGCUGAUUGGCUGGAGGUGACGUCAACCUCAUAUUUUUUUCCUCUCCCUGCUGAACCAUGACCUCAUCGUUUUAGUUCAUGAAAGUGCUAAAGUGCACCUUCUGUAACGCUCCCCCGCCCCUUUCUACCUAACACACACUACCCGUUUAACUUUUACCUAGCAUAGCAAAGCUAAUCUGUCCCUCCACGAGCCGACCACGUAUCCUGGUCAGUUAAACGGCCGAGGAAGCCGUUUGUAGCUCAUCACCGCGCUUUCAUGUCUCGUUUGUUCCUGGCGCUGUCACCCUCCGUCAGCUGUACUGUCCCCCGCCACACCGCCAGGUAAACACCGGCCAGCCCCAUGAAGACACCGCCGUUGUCCCCUCACACAUGGAGGCCAGUUGAAUAACACACAGCAGCCGCGUGGAGCCAGAGGCACCAUGGAUCUCUCAGCGCCUGCUCGGGUGGUAGCCCUCCUCCACUGACCUCACCUCCUCCUCCUCCCCAUCUCUUCCACCACCUUUCCCCUCUUUCAUCUACCCCUCUUCCUCCUCACCCCAUCCCUCACUACUACCUCCCCCUCCCCACGCCUGUGACACAGGGUUACCACUCAGCCCCUCCUAUCAUCAUGGCAGGGGAGAAAGGGCCAACUAAGCGAAGCGCCAUGGACAUCAAGCGCCUGGCGAGCCUCAUCCAGCGAGGAACGGGCCGCCUGCUGGUGAUUGACAGCAGGACCUUCUCUGAGUACAACGCGUCGCACGUGCAAGGUGCGGUCAACGUUUGCUGCUCCAAGCUGGUGAAGAGGCGACUGCAGCAGGACAAGGUGUCUGUCACUGAGCUGCUGCAACCCAAUGGCAAGGUGAAGGUGGAGCUGGGCAGGAAGCAGGAAGUGGUGGUCUAUGACCAGAGUUCCAAAGAGGCGGGGCACCUGUCCAAAGACGGCUUUGUGCACAUUCUCAUGGGAAAGUUGGAGGGCACCUUCCACAAAGUCUCCCUGCUCACCGGAGGCUUUGCUGCUUUCUCCUCCUGUUUCCCUGGCCUGUGUGAGGGGAAGCCUGCCACUGCUCUGCCUAUGAGCUUGUCCCAGCCCUGCUUGCCUGUGGCUAAUGUAGGGCCCACUCGCAUCCUGCCACACCUCUACCUGGGCUCACAGAAGGACGUCCUCAACAAGGAUCUGAUGGCUCAGAAUGGUAUUACCUAUGUGCUGAAUGCCAGCAACACCUGCCCCAAGCCAGACUUUAUCAGCGAGAGCCACUUCAUGCGCAUCCCAGUAAAUGACAACUACUGUGAGAAACUGCUUCCCUGGCUGGACAAAACUAAUGAAUUCAUAGACAAAGCUAAGGUGUCAAACUGCAGAGUCAUUGUGCACUGCCUGGCUGGAAUCUCGCGUUCAGCAACCAUCGCCAUUGCAUACAUCAUGAAGACAAUGGGCUUGUCAUCAGACGAUGCCUACAGGUUUGUAAAGGACCGAAGACCGUCCAUAUCCCCCAACUUCAACUUCCUCGGUCAGCUGCUGGAGUUUGAGAAGGGCCUGCGAUUACUCCAAGCUUUAACCUCAACCUCUGAUGACAAGAUGUCUGAAAACAACACUAAACAAAACUCAGAGGUUAAUGGAGACAGCACAGGCUUCGAGAUGAACGGUCACCACAGCAACUAUGACUCAUCUAUGGCCGAGCCACACAUCCCACCAGAACCCAAGCUACCGUCACCCACCUCCCUCCAACAAGGCUUCAAUGGCCUUCACCUCUCUGCAGAGAGGAUCAUGGACACUAACAGGCUCAAACGCUCCUUCUCCCUGGACAUUAAGUCUGUCUACUCCCCCAACAGUCCCCACUGCCCCAGCCUGGCACCUACACACUCUGAAGACGUCCCCAAGCUGUGCAAGCUUGACAGCCCCGGAAGAGGCACCUCCAAUGGUGUCUGUCAAUCUCCCGUCCUAGACAGCCCCAGCUCCUCUGAUUCACCAUUCCCCUCACCAGGCAGUGGGGGUAGCAUCGGAGGUUUGGGGCUCAGCGGAGGUGAAGGAGUCCACCGGUCCAGUUCUUCUUCAUCCAGACCCAGGAGAAAACCCAAGCACAGCUCCGGCAGUUCACCAGUCCACUCCCAACCACACCAACCUCCACAGUCUCUCAGCUUGUCGCUGGACCACAAGAGCCCCAGCACAGACGAGAACCUAAAGGGCUCCCUGCUCCUCUCGCUACCCUCCCUGCCCACCGUGGGCAGUGGGGCCAUGUGGACCAAACACAGAGACACUGUCCAGGCCACCACUCCUGUCACUCCCGUCACCCCCACCACAGAUGCCCCCUGGCACUUUGGGGCAGAGGAGGGCGGUGAGAGAGAGAUGGAGCUGGGAGGGGACGGAGGAGGAAAGGAGUCGUCUGUAAGGUUUGGGAGCAGCUCAGCUUAUGUGGCGUUCGGAUGCAGUGAAGGCGUUCGGUUACGAGACAAAUCCCAGAGGGAAAAGCCCUCAGCACCACAGAUGCAGAGAGACCACCGGGACUCCACGUCAUCGUCCACAGUGUCCAUGUCCAACAGCUCGAGCAACAGCGGGCCUGCGUCAGAGAAGCAGUUCAAGCGGCGCAGCUGUCAGAUGGAGUUUGAGGAGGGCAUCUCUGAGACACGAUCCCGAGAAGAACUGGGGAAGAUUGGGAAGCAGUCGAGCUUCUCUGGGAGCAUGGAGAUAAUUGAGGUAUCCUGACAGAUAAUGCACAUGAUCAGAGCUGUCCCUUGGGGACAAAAAUGGACCUGGUUAGAGGGAGUUCAAGAAGAGAACAUAUGAGGAGGAGCAUAUGUUUUUUGUGCCCCCCCCCCUCACAGACAGUGUUAAAGACUCCAACUGAGAGAAGGACAAAUAGAUACACAAGCAGAGAGUUAAUGUGAAAAGGUUAGCAAGCGAACUAGCAUUCGCACCUGGACAGACAAGAGCCUGAGAUGUGGUGCUUAGCAGACCAUAAUCAUCCUGAACUCUCAUACAAAUCUGAAGAAAAAGUUUGAGGGGAGGGUGUUGGCACAGGGGGAGGGGGUUGACUGUACUGUAGGUACUGAAACUUUUAAUGUUUCUGAGUUCUGUCACAGAUUUAAAAAAAAAAAAAAAGGAAUGACCCUGGGCAAGUGACACGUUGCAUCCUUAUUAUAUAGAAUACCCCUAUUUUGACAGAGUUCGGACACAAACUGCUUGCCUGUGGUCAAAUGUAGUGUGCUUCAGUGGGUGUAUAGCUUGUGAUUUGAACCAAGCCCAAUGUUUCCUCCCAAAGCUUCACCCCAGUGUCAGAAAGCCUCAGAACCUCGCACGGCAACCCCCCCACCCCACCCCACCCCACUUCCCAGUGGCUCCGCCUGCUACAGACUCUGCAUUACAACAUCAACAGCGAUAACAGACUCCGUAACAGCACCAUCUCCUCACACCACCCACAGCACAAGGCAGAGAGAUCCCAAGGACUUAAUCUAAAGGUGGUACUGCGUCCAAACAAUGAAGGAUCCUCAGCGUUUUGUUGAUGAAAAGACUUUGAAUCAUGGACUCUUCGUGAUGGGCAGCGUCCAACCCCCUCCGACCCCUAAAGCACAGUGUGUGUUUCCUGACUUUAGCUCCCUUAUUUCCAGUGUUAACAGAGUGAUGGGACUGAGGUUUCGGGAUGAUGAUGAGGGUUCAUUUUAAUGGCCCUUCAGCUCCUUUAUAGUGCCCCCCGCCCCCUCAAUUCCCAACCCCCCUCCCACUGCUCCCAGUCACCACCUAUGGUCACCACUGAGCAUGCACCAGAAAGGCUGACUACAGACAGACAAAUACUAUAUAUACAAUAUGAAUAUAUAUAGCAAUUUUAAUGGACUUCUAAUGGACUUUUUUUGUUCAGUUAUAGUUUUAAUUUAUUGUACUGGUUCAUUCUGGUAAUGAGAAAUAAUAUAAUGUUUUGUGGAUUUAUUUCUUUUUUUUCUUUUGUUGAAUUAUUAUUAUUAUUAUUAUUUGCUGUAUGGUAUUUAUGAACACACACUCAUACAAAUACACACAUUCAACAAAUUCAAGCAAGCAAUAUGUGCUGUUCCUUCUUUGGGGAGAGUGAUGUAUGACUUUGAAAUGCACUUUUCUGCUUUCUGAUGAACAAUUUUGAUUUCCAUUCACACCCUGGCAACAUGACACUCAGAAGGCCAAGUGUUGAGUUUUGAUACAGAGCCUCUGUUUGGUGUUAGGAGGAUGGUACAGACAUCCUACCAGCGAGAUCUGCAAGAACAGGGACUCUGUUUUGGCUUGUCUGCAGUGUGAAUUCAUGAAUCUAUCACAAUUGAGGGCUCAAAAGACUGUUCUCUUUUUGACUGCGUGCAGAGGAAGACAGAGUAAUCACACACAAACUCUGAUCACUCAUAUACAGUAAAACAUUUUCUGCCAGUUUCAUGAGGGCUUGCAUAACAACAGCUAUAUGCAAACUGACACACACGCUCCUUCACAAGUAUGAGAUUUAAAGACUCGCACAGAGUGUCCUCUCCGAGCCAGCACCAGUUCAUCGUCAGUCAUCAUCAUAGCGCGUCCCACCAAAGUUGAAACCAACACACACACUCAUACUGUAUGCACUUAAACUUAUAUUCACACAUGUAAAGCAUAGGCCCUACACACACCCUUUUGUUCAUUCUCAGGGGAUCUUUCAGUGAGCCAAGCCCAGCACAGGGUACACAGCUGCUGGUACAUCAGCACAAUGCAUGUCCGUAAAGCUCCCUCGCUUUCUCUCUGUCUUUUUUUUUUUUCGUAUUUCUUAUUUUCCCAAAGCUUUGAUUUAAAAAAAAAACAGCAUAACAAAAUGGAAAGGAAAAAAGAGGCUCUUCAUAUCCUGAAGUGAAAGAAAUGGAAACUUUGCUCUCCUGGUGCGAGAUGGUUAUUUAUUUAUAAUGUAAAUCUGUGUUUAUUUUUCCUUUGACCCUUGAUUAGCUUUUCUCUCUGCCGAUCUCUGACGUUUGACCUUGUGCUGCUGCAGCUACAGUAAGUUCAGAUAGAUUCCUAUGUUCCCACCGAGGCUCAAGCAACCUCUCCUCUCCUCACCCUCCUCCCUAUAUUUUUAAGAAAUGUUGUUAGAAUUAUUUAUGACAUGUAACAAAGAUGAUGCAGGCUGUCCCAUUUGCUAAAAUUGUUGUUAUUGAAUUAUUAUUAUUAUUAUUAUUAUUAUUAUUAUUAUUAUUAUUAUGAUGUUGUGUAAAUAGCAACGCAUCUAAGAACACUGAUGAAUUUAGAUGAGUUUUUAAAAGAAAAUCCUGAUACCUUAGGCUGCUUGACGCAAAAAUACCUCAGGUUCUAUUGAAAGGCUUUUCCUUCCCCUGUACAUGUUUUGUGAAAAUGAGACAAAAAUACAGACAUGACAAAAUACAA